GAGAAGUAUCAGAGGAGACCAAACUAGUAAAGACGACCAAAACAGAAAAAACAGAGUUGCUCUCUGGAUCACAUUAUCUCUUCUUCCUCAUGGAUUCAUCAAGAACCCAAAAUGUAUCUAAAAGAUCCGAUCCGGUUAGCUUUCCGGCGAAAUCAUCCAUUUCCUCUCGGAGAUCUUUAUCUUCUUCUUCUUCUUUCUCAUCAUUCUCCUCAUGCUCCUCUAGCUCCCUCGUGUUUCCCGGAGACUCUCCUCUGAAUUCUCCGGCGACUCCUCUCCAUAUCCUCGGUGUCCCUUUCUCAUGGGAACAGCUACCCGGAAAACCUAAAGACUACUCUCAUAGACUCAACAACAACCGUCGAAACGACGAAUCUUCAAAUCUUUUACCCCUCCCUCCUCACCGGAGUGUUUCCUUUCCGGCCACUGGGAAAAACCAUAAAUCUAACAGCUCCAGUAAGAAGCAUAGCUUCCCUGUGACCGUGAGAGAUCCCUUCGCGGCUGCGUUGUUGGAAUGUUCCAAAGACGAAGGAACAAUCAGUGACGACGAGGAAGACGACGUCGACGGUGGUGGAGGUGAAAUAGUAGAUCGGAGGUUUCGAGAAAAUUCCGGUGGUUCUUCAAGCAAGGCGUUGUCAAAGAGCAGCAUCGGGGACAGGUUCGGGUUAGUGAAUCUCUACGGUUCUUGUCGGAGAACUUGUGCAGUUUCAGAGUCCAUUGUUAAUCUUCCAAGAUCAAGAAAAGCUCCUUCCUACGAUCAUCUUCUUCUUCCACGUCGUCGCCGUUGAUUUGUUCGUAUUUGGUAAUUUACUAUAUUUAUAUAUUUUUUCUUGGUCUUUGUUAUAUUUUCCCUGAAUGUGACAUAUUAUGGGUUAUAUGGGUUUGUGUUUUUUCUUGUUUUUCUCUUUAGAUCGUAACACCAAUGUAUAAUUCCGGGAACUUAUUUACUUGUAAGUUGUAACCAUAAAUCCAUAUAAGCGUAUUCACUUACAUACA